GCCUCCUCCCGGUGGAUGUUGUUCACUGCUGCUCCUCCGGUCCCGGCUGGCUGUGCUGGAACGAGGAGGAGGUCAUGAAGCGUCUCGCGCCCUUUGGACCAGGAGCUGAUAAAAGGCCACUCAGUCCCUGAAGGAGGCUUAAGAUGAAGUGACUGACUGAAGAUCUCUGCUCUGGACACGCUUAUUAACUCGUAAUGCCACGGAGGUCUUGGAUUGAGGAAAAGUUCUCCAAAAGAGAGUGCGUGAAGUUUAUCCCUUUGUCUCGGGACCUGCACAGAUGUAUUCCAGUAUGUCAAGUGUGCCAAAACUUGAUCAGAUGUUGCUGUGGUCGUUUGAUGGGGGAGCACUCCUGGCAGGAUUCUCCUCCUCCGGUGUCCCUUUUCCUCGGUCCUGGACAGGACGGGGGGCAGGAGUGGUCCGUUGAGCUCCACACCAGAGCCAGUCCCACCAACGCCUAUGGGAUUGUGGACUUCAAAGACACCGCCACACGUGUGUGUCGAGCCAAGUAUGUCCGCGUCGCAGUGGACUCUAAGCCUGACCUGCUGCUGCAGCUGAUGCUGAGGGAAUGGCAGAUGGAAAGACCCAAGCUACUGCUGACCGUCCAGGGAGGCUCAGAAAACUUCACUCUGCCCCCGAAGGUCAAUCAGGCCUUCAGCAAAGGGCUGAUGGCAGCUGCCCUCAGCACAGGGGCAUGGAUACUCACCGAUGGCAUCAAUACUGGUGUGUCCAAGUACGUAGGCGAGGCCAUGAAGAAUUUUGGAGGCCACGACCUGAGAAAGAGAAACACAGUUGGCAUCACACCGUGGGGAGUGAUUGAAAACAACACGGACCUCAUAGGCAGAGAUGUAUUCAGGCCCUACCAGCCGCUGGGGAACCCUUUGAGCAAAAGGUCUUGUCUCAAUGGUUUUCACUCCCACUUCCUGCUGGUGGACGAUGGAACGCUUGGAAAGUCUGGCUGCCAGCACGGCCUCAAGAAAAAACUGGAGAAACAGAUCCAGCUCCAGAAAAUACAUCCUCGGCUGAAGCAGGGGGUGCCUGUGGUGUGUGUGGUGGUGGAAGGAGGUCCCGCCAUUGUCUCCACCGUGCUGGAUUAUGUCAGCAGUGUUCCCCCGGUGCCGGUGUUUGUGUUCGAAGGCUCGGGCAGAGCUGCUGACCUGCUGGCUUUCUUACACAAGCAGACUGCUAUGGACAGUCAGUUGGAUGCUGAUAUUGAAGAAGACUUCCUGGUGAGGAUUGAGCGUGUGUUUGCAGUGGAGAGGACAGAAGCCAGUCAUCUCUACACUCUGCUGCUGCAGUGCAUGGAUCACAGACAGUCUAUUACCAUCUUUGACUCGGAGUCGGAGGAUCACUUGGCACCAGAUGCAGCCAUUUUGACUACUGCUCUCAAAGGCACCAAGGCCAGUCCUGCAGAGCAGCUGAGUAUGGCCCUGGCUUGGGACAGGGCUGACAUUGCUCAGAACGACGUUUUGGUGUCUGGACAGCACUGGCAGGUGGGCUCUUUGGAGCAGGCCAUGCUGGAUGCUCUGGUGAUGGACCGUGUGAGUUUCGUCAAAGUGCUGAUUGAUAAUGGAAUGACAAUGAACCGCUUCCUCACUGUGGAUCGCCUUGAGGAGCUCUACAACAUGCCUCACGGACAGACACAUCACUUCCUCCGUCACCUCGUUGAAGAUGCGAAGCAGACCUCUCUUCCUUUAGGUUACCGUCUGUCGCUCAUCGAUAUGGGCCUUGUGAUAGAAGACCUGAUCGGAGGAGCGUACCGCAGCACCUACACACGAAAGCCCUUCAGAGCUGUGUACAGCCACAUGCAGGACAAAGGAAAACAAGACAGCGCUGCCUCCUUUUCCAAACCCCGCAGAGGUCUGGUGAUAAACUCGAGGAGGAGCGGGAGUCCGCAGGGCCAGCAGUUCUUCAGGACGGCUCAGCCCUACAAACACAAAGAGCGUGAUGGAUCACCAGCGGCGAGCGGAGAGGCGUCCACGUCCAGCCCAGGCCUCUGCGAUGCUUCGCUUCUGGCUUCGUUCAACUUCAACGACCUGUUUGUGUGGGCCGUGCUUCAGCAGCGGCAGCAGAUGGCCCUUUUCCUGUGGCAACACGGCGAGGAGGCUUUGGCGCGUGCCACCGUGGCCUGCAAGCUUUACCGCUCCAUGGCCUUCAAGGCACGGCAGAGCAGCAUGGACGACGACGUCACCGAGCGAUUCAAGGCCUAUUCGCUUGAGUUCGGUCAGCUGGCGGUGGACGUGUUAGACUGUGCAUUUCGCCAGAAUGAGCAAAUGGCCAUGAAGCUGUUGACUUCGGAGAUGGAGGCAUGGAGUCAUUUCACCUGUCUGCAGAUGGCCGUGUCCUCAUGUCACAGGCCGUUUGUUUCACACUCCUGCACACAGACUCUCCUCACCGAUCUCUGGACUGGUCCACUCAACAUGAGGAAAAACUCCUUUCUGAAGAUCAUUCUGAGCCUCCUUCUGCCUCCCGCCAUCUUAUUGCUUGAGUUUAAAAGCAAAGCUGAAAUGUGCCACGUCCCACAAACACAUGAGAUUAUUCUGUUUGGACUUGACCCGGUGAAGCCUGACACAGCUGAGACAACUGAUCACACGGACGGCGAGGAUGCGGAGCGAGGCUUCUCCUUCCAUGACAGAUAUCUCGGCCCUGUGGCGGACACCAUGUCCUCCAUCACUCUGCAGUGUCUGUCCUGGCUCACAAAGCUCUAUGAUUUCUACACAGCUCCUGUCGCCAAGUUCUGGUUUCACACAAUCUCCUACUUGGCCUUUCUGAUGGUGUUUUCCUACGUGGUCCUGGUGAAGAUGCAGGCAUACCCCAGUGUUCAGGAGUGGAUGGUCAUAGCGUACAUCUUAUCCACCGCAGUGGAGAAAAUCAGAGAGGUUAUGAUGUCUGAACCGAGGAAGCUGAGUCAGAAGCUGAAGGUUUGGUUCUCUGAGUACUGGAACAUCUCAGAUUUCACCGCCAUCCUCCUCUUCAUGGCCGGACUGACCAUGCGCUGGCACGCUGAGCCCUACCGGACAGCCGGGCGCAUCGCGUACUGUCUGGACAUCAUCUUCUGGUUCGUCAGAGUCAUGGACCUGCUGGCUGUCAAUCAGCACGCUGGCCCUUACCUCACCAUGAUCACCAAGAUGACCAGUAACAUGUUCUUCAUCGUGGUGAUGAUGGCGAUCGUGCUGCUGAGCUUCGGCGUGUCCAGGAAAGCCAUCCUGUCCCCAGAUGAGGAGCCGUCCUGGAGUCUAGCCCGAGACGUCGUGUUCCAGCCCUACUGGAUGAUCUAUGGAGAAGUCUACGCAGACGAGCUAAAUCGCUCAAGUGCCAUGACGCAGGUGGAUGGACACAAGCACCAGCAUCCAGCAGCAUGUAAGGACGGGGAGACGUGCCCCUCAGUAGCUUUCCUCUCGCCGAUCCUGCAGGCCGUUUACAUGUUCUUCCAAUAUAUCAUCAUGGUCAACAUUCUCAUUGCCUUUUUUAACAACAUCUACUUCGACAUGGAAUCAACGUCCAACAAGCUGUGGAAGUACAACCGCUAUCGGUACAUCAUGACCUACCUGGAGAGGCCGUGGCUCCCGCCUCCUCUCAUCCUCUGCAGCCACUUCACAUUAGGACUAAGGGCCAUCUAUCGAAAACUCAGUGGAGUCUCUGAAAGAGAAGAGAGAUGUUCUGGACUCAAGCUUUAUCUGGGCCCUCAGGAUCGUAAAAAGCUGCAUGAAUUUGAAGAGAGAUGUGUGGAGGCCUACUUCUAUGAGAAGAGUGAAGGUCUCCACAGCACUGAAACCAGCAGGAUCAGAGCCACAGCUGAAAGAGCAGAGGAGAUGUGCAAGAUGGUGGGCGAGGUCUCAGACAAAGUCAACUUCAUUCAAGGCGGCCUAUCGGAGUUGGACUGUCAGCUGGGUCAGCUUCAGGACCUUUCCGUUCUGGCCGUGGACACCCUCACUCUGCUCUCCGCUUCCGACAGCCUGCAUCAAGACGGGACUCGCCUGGCUCAGUGUAAAGUCCUCGCACCGUCCCGGCACGCCGUCCCUCACAGUUGGAGUCUCCCACAGUGGCACGGAGCGGACUGGGAUGUUCCUAACGUCCGGCGCCUCGUGGCCAAGUCUUGUAAAAGCACUCCGCCUUCCCUGCUGAAGGGCUGCACUGCGGCGAGCAGACGCCCGUCACAAGAGUUUCAUGCGGGAACCCGGGGAGGCAGACAUGGACACACCGAUGAGGGAGAGGACAGAAUAAAGGAGGAUUCACAGUCUCCUGCUAAACACCAUCACGCCGAGAGCUGGAUGGGGCUUUCCAGAUCGAGAUCCCAUCCUUCCUUCGCUCAUUUUUACGGUUCGGGACUUCACGCCACUGUUCAGGAUCAAACUCCCUGUGGAUCCUGUGAACCGUCCCACUGCGGGUCGCCCCUCUCUCCCAGAGGACUGGAGUCACCUCAUCCUAAACUAUGGACAUGUGAGCCUUAUUUAUAUCCUAGUCAGGAGGAAACCUCUAUGGAUGAGGGAGAGGAAGGGGUGGAGGAAGAAGGUGAAGAUACGGAAGAGCUGACAGAGCAACAGAAACCACAGUCGAAUGUUUUAAGCAGAGCCUCCAGUAAAGCUCUCCUGCUGUCUGAUCCUCGAGACAUCCCCAAGGGUUUGAUAAAUCCCGCCUUUUCUCUGGGUGAUAGCCAACCAGCUUCCCGACCCAGAUAUUCCGUCCACAGCAGAAGACCCACGAAGUCCCCGAGGUGGGCCUGUGUGUCCAGAGACCGCCCUUACGGGCCCUGCAGGUCUCUGUCUUCCAGUGUGGAGAACGUCACGUUUUCUGGAGCAGCCCUCAGUGUGAUGAGGGGAUCGUUUCCUUCUCUCAACAAACCGCUAAACAAAGAGAGUUUGUCUGGCGGGAGGAGCUUUAAAGAUGGUGCAGCUCAACAGUGCAGCAGGAGCCAAGAGUGGUACAAGUCCUCAGACUUCAUGCACGUCGUGGACAGUCGAGGCAAAAGCCCGAGCAGGAAGACCGUGAAGAUACAGGAAAGUGCUCCAGAUCCGGCGACCAUGCAGUCCCAUCUGUCUGAUGCCUCCUGGAGACAUGCUCAAAGGUUAAGAGGCGAGCCCACGUGUUGGUCGGCUUCAACCAGCCUCAGUCAGCUCAAUUUUGAACCCAUGGAUCUGUUGCAGAAACAGGUUUUUUCCUCUAAGAAGGAUAUGUGGACUCCUACUCACUCAGCAUGGAACAGCUGGGCCAUAUCCGUGAGCCGCAGGUCUUCUUUGCAGAGUUCCAUGGCACCCGAAGCCAAAAGCUCAUCCUUCCAGUCCACUGACAAUUUGUAUCCACACUACUCAGCCAUGGAGAGAAACAACCUGAUGAGACUGGCUCACACCAUCCCCUUCACCCCUGUUUCACUUCUGGGAGGUGAGGUGGUAAGCGUCUACCUCCUGGAGGAAGUUCCCUCCGAUGCCGACCCUCAAUCCGGCUCCGUCACUUCCUGGUCGUCACGAGGCCUUUCUGCAAUGCUGCAGCCCGUCUCCAGUGAGGAGGGCUCCCUGGACGGGGGUCUCCGGCGGGGCUGCAGGAUGCUGUGCACCUGGGCGGAGCAGGAGGUGCUCAAACCGGGCCUCAUAUACAUCGUCAAGGCGUUCAGGCAGGAGGUGGUCCGUGCAUGGCAGAAGUAUUUCCAUGACGGCACGGCGUUGCAGCUCUGUUUAAGGGAAAUCCAGCAACAAAGGGCGGCUCAGAAAAUGAUGCAGAUGUUUAACCAGGUCAAACCCGAUGACAUGUACCACUCGCCAAGAUUUCUGGAUGUGUCGCUGGUUCUCUGGCAUUCGACUGGCCAGUGGCUGACUAUUGAGAGGAACAUGUCUGGAGAAUUCAGGAAAUACAACAACAACACAGGGGAGGAGAUCACCCCCUGCUGCUCGCUGGAAGAAAUGCUGCUCGCCUUCUCCCACUGGACCUUCGAGUACUCGCGCCGAGAGCUGCUGGUGCUCGACAUACAAGGAGUGGGAGAGGAGCUGACUGAUCCAACUGUUAUCAUGGCAGAUGACCAAAGCGGCGGCAGGAGCGAGAUGCUUUUCGGUCCCGAUAACCUCGGAGACGCUGCGAUCAACGGUUUCCUUCAGAAGCACUCCUGUGGCUUGUGCUGUCACAAACUGGGACUAAAAGAUUUAAGGACGCGUCCGGACAGCUGUGAGAGCAGCGGCGAGGAAGAGCCGGUGUCAAGGAAAGACGAAGAAGACGGCGAUGCAACCUCUGACUGAGGACCAAGGGACAAGAGGACAGGUGCAUUUUUUUUUACUUACACAGAUGUUGUGUUGGUGCUGACUCAGGACAGCCGCUGACCCUUUGCAGUCAAAAGAUUGAGAUAAUAUAUAAAAGGUUAAUGUCAAGGCUCUAAGUUAAGCUCCAAUAAUUAUAAAUGUGCAAUUAAAGGCUUUCAAGCACAGGCCCUCAAUGCACCACAUUGUAAUUAAGGUUUUUUGCAUUGUGAUUUUUUUUUUUUAAAUAUAAAUUCUUGAAUUAGAGCUGGCUUUAAAAACUUUUGAUUUUUUAAUGGAUAUAAUUGCACUAACACGACUGAUAUAAUUUAAUAGCUAAUAGUUGAUGUGUUGUUUUAAUAAGAAUGAAACAUUUCUUGAAACAUUGAACAAAAUGUGUGCAUGAUUCAGAAAAACAAGCCAGAAAUGCACCCAUAAAAUUUCUUUUAUUUUUUUUUUUCUUCCCACAACAAAAUGUCUACAAAAGCGAUAAAAUAUAGAAUUUAACAAAAAUCACGUCAGACCUUCACAUUGUAUAUACAUCUCAAAGGAGGACUCACUAAGGCCCCUGCAUAGCUCUGAACUUCAACCCAGUCUGAUCCAUCAGCGGAGGGUGUUUGUGACUCUGGUUAUUGCAAAUGCACACAUACACACACGCACACACCCAUACACACGCGCGCACACACAAAAUUGAAGAGUAGAGUUCAUGGAUUUGUACGCAGAGUUAGAGUUCAGAGUCUGGCAGAGUCCUCACCAAAAGAAAAAAAAAAAAGAAGCAUAAAAUGUAAAAACGGUUUGUCAGUGUAAUCAAAUACACAUUUUCCUUGGAGUUCCCCUUUUGAUUGGUUUCUCAUGUAAACUCACACAGUAAAGCAUCUACGCCCCACUCUGCCAAUCCUUCAUCUUCUCACCAGCUAUGGCACUUUGAAAACAAACAAAAUGUCCUGUACUUUAUUAUUUUUUUUGUAUUUUUUUGUAUUUUUUUUUUGUUUUCUUUUGCUGUUCCGUUUUGUUAGUCCUGUGUAAAAGAGGUUCUGCAGCUCAAGCACCUUUCAGGUUUCGCGCUACAGAUUGCUACAUUUUGUUUUAUUUGCUCUUGCUGGGACGCAACGACAUUCUAAAGAAUAAAUUAACAAUUUUCAACACUA